GGGGCGGUAGCGCACCAAACACGCCGUUAAAACCGAACAAACGACGACGCUGUCAGAGAGAGAUCAGCUGACCCAAGCGCCGGCUUUGCUUCCUGGAACGGUUUUUAUCUUGGUUGAAGAGUCCCGAAAAAAAAGAAGGAACCCGUUGUUGCGUACAACUCGCUGACCGGGCAGGAUGCCGUCGUUGCUUUUCUGCGGCCCCAAAAUGGCCGCGUGCGGCAUCGUCAUCAGCAUCUGGGGCGUCAUCAUGUUGGCGAUGCUGGGGAUCUUCUUUAGCGCCAAGUCGGCCGUGCUCAUCGAGGACGUCCCGUUUACAGAGGACGACAUCCGCAACGAUAAACACCCUCCCCAGAACAUCUACGGUCUGUACAGCCAAGUGGGCAUCAACUGCUUCAUCGCGGCCGGCGUCUACGUGGCGGUGGGCGCCGUGUCGCUGUGCCAGGUUCGACUCAACAAGCGGCAGGAGUACAUGGUGACAUAAGAAGAAUUCCAAACCCCCCCCCCCCCAAUCCUCUCGCGGUGAUCCCUGUAAUUUAUUUGUGGUUUCAAUGUUCUCUGUUCCUGGAUUUAUUCCCCAAGUGCUGUUGGCACCUCGUUGAUGUGUUUUCUGCAUGUAGAAAUGUGUGAUAGGAAGUGCCGAUGUCAAAAUAAAAGCCGUGACGUGGUUUUGUGUGGGAAUGAAGACGACCCAACAAUCAUUUGGAACCGUAUUCUUUUGGAAAAUAACCGCGGCUAGACGGAAUAUUGACAAUGUGCGGCAAAUGUGGCAUAUUUCACUGAGGGGUGUGUACGCUUUUGUUGCCGGAAGUUAAGUCAUUAAUGGCUGUAUGUUGACUUAGUUCGAGGACAGUAAAGGGAUGCCACGAUCCAUUUUUUUUCCUGUCAAGAAUACAAAAUUAAAAACGACAAGUCAGCCGUUUCUCAGUCAGAAGUGGGAAAAAAAAAACAAUACAUUGCCUCAAUUACAAAAUGAGUAACUUUUCAUCUGAUGGGGGUUUUUGUUUUUUCGUUUAUGUAAUUUUUUUGACAGGUGUACAGCAAAUGUAUUGAACGCUUGUGAUUAUAAAUAUUCAAACAUUAGCCUA